AAUGUGAAAACUCUUAUGUAUAUUUGUGCGUAGACUAUUUAGAUGUUAUAAUGUAAACACGUAGUCACAUAAUUCAAAUGGCAAUAUUGUCUUUAUUGCUUCAUUAACAUCAGUACGAAGUUUCUAAAUUCUGGGAACAUAUAUAAACUUAACACCCACAGUGGUAAUGUGGGCACAAAGAACAUCGGUCGUAUAAUGACAGCUUUAUAUCUAAAUAAUACAAAAUCUUUUUCUCUUGUAAUCGUAUAUAUCUUAGUUGACUUAGACUGUAAGUGAAGGCUAUACAUUUUAAAGUAAACCAUAGUGUGUAAAUACUGUGUUCCGUUUCUCCGAUACAAAUAUUUAAAUAGGUUUUUUCAAGGCGAGUAUAAAUUGUCCUCCACAAUAUUUGGAGACUUUUAUUAUUAGGCUGUUAUUAUUAACUAUAUUUAAGCAAUAGGCUAUUUAUUUAAAUCGGUGUUAUCGGUUAAAUUAUUAGCAGUAUGAUAACAAUUCAACAACUGAUGUUAAAAAUGUUUAGUUAUUUCACUGUAAUUCGGAUAAAUCUAUAGUUACUUUUUCAGUGAGCUCCUCCUAUUUGUAAAAUGGCGCCUGGCUGCAAACAUUGCUUUACCAGCCCCCACCUCUGUCCUCUUCCCUAGAGAAGCUAUAAAUCUGUUGUUGUUUAUGAAAAUUUACUACUUUGCCGUACAACUUUAUGAGCUGCCGCUAGCUCCUAUUGGCUACCAUUUGGUCACGUGUUUUAAGGCCACAUGAACGUUAACUUUUUAUGUGUAUGCAUCUCUACCCAAAAUAGAGCUGCAUUCUUCUCCUGACCUUGCUUUGUCUAGCCUUCUUUUACCUCCGCCUUUCCAAAAUUUCGUCGGUUGUUAAUUUAUUGUCUUUUAAUUUUAAGGUAACGUUAAUAUUCUACAUUCGCUACCAUCGAAUUGGGCAUUGCAUUGGCUGACAGUAAAGAGAGAGCAGCUCAUCCUGUUCUUUGAGAUGAUAAAGAAGCUUUCCGAAGAGCUGUGAAGUAUUUUUCGUCACUGAUCGCUGUUUCUUGCCUUCGUCGACCAACAGACACACUGAAUGACCGUAGAGGUGUUCCUUGACUGCAUCCACAACUGCUUCUGACAAACCAGAUUGCUAUGGACUGGAAACACGUCGACCGGAUUCACUCGGGUGGACGAGGGUCAGCUCUUGAUCUCCAAAUAAAUGACUGUGCCCCAUCACUAAGCCGAGAGACUGUGUCUUGCUUAAGGUUCACCCGUAGAGCCCAUUGGCGAAGAGGUGUCACGUGACUACGUCGAGCCAAUGUUCUUCUACGAAGGUGUCAGGACCUUGUCAGAAAGUGAAAUAAACAUUGGGAAACGGCGAGAUGCAAAAAGCGACCUAUUGCGACGGCUCGGCAAUUUACAGUGGCUUCCCCUAUCAAAGCGCAAACGGUUUAGGUUAUGAUGCCAAUCAGCAGCAAUAUCUCCAGGCCCUUCAUGUGGAAAGUGAGUACCAUCGACCGGCCUGCUCCCUGCAGUCCCCUGGUGGCUCUGCAGCUCCGCACAAACCCAGUCAAAUCUCCGAGGGCUGCCAACGGAGUAACGGGACACAAGCCCCAGUACCAGACAUCCCCGACAACAAGCAGCCCCCUACUGCCCAUUCCGGACCAUCUUCCCCCAGUUCCCUGAACCAAAUUCCGAGCAGUGAUACCACCACCAAGAACCCAGGGCAAGCAUCUCCAACGCCAGGCACAAGAAAGCAAAUUUUUCCGUGGAUGAAGGAAUCCCGUCAGAACACAAAGCAGAAAUCCUGUAGCACCAUUUCAGAGAGCUGCGCUGGAGACAAGAGUCCCCCCGGUUCGGCCGCCUCCAAGCGAGCUCGUACUGCAUACACGUCUGCUCAACUAGUAGAGCUGGAGAAAGAAUUCCACUUCAACCGUUACCUCUGCCGCCCGCGACGAGUGGAAAUGGCAAAUCUGCUCAAUUUGACGGAAAGGCAGAUUAAAAUAUGGUUUCAGAAUCGCAGGAUGAAGUACAAAAAGGACCAGAAGGGGCUAGGAAUGAUGCCCUCUCCUGGAGCACAGUCUCCUCACAGUCCCGUUGCCCUGUCAUCUGGUGGCGGAGGAGGGGGUGGGAGUGCAUAUUUAAGUUCAAUGCAUUCUCUGGUUAACAGCGUGCCCUACGACUCACCCUCUCCAGCAUCGUACAACAAACCCCAGCCUAAUGCGUACAGCCUUCCUACGUCAUAUCCACCUCCUCUGAAUAACUGCCCGCCUCCUCAGAAGCGGUAUCCGGGGACUGGCACAGCCACACCGGAAUACGACACGCAUCAUCUUCAAGGCAACAACAAUUACGGGACGCAAGUGCAGGGUAGCCCGGUUUAUGUAAGUGGUGGUGGAGGCUACUCGGAUUCUUUGGUGGGGAUGGGGGCCUCGGUAUUUGGCCUGACACAUCUACCGCAUCCACCUCAAGGCAAUAUAGACUACAAUGGCGCUAUCACCAUGGGAAACAGCCAUCAGCAAGGAACGUGCGAACCAAACCCAUGCACAUUCACUGACCUUACAUCGCACUAUUCUCAGGGAAGAAUUCAGGAAGCGCCCAAACUGACGCAUCUAUAGUGCUGACACAAUGUAUGUCUGUCCCGGCACACGGCACACAUUUGCGCUCCCUGUCUAACUGCGUUUUCCGCCACCUACAGCUGCGUAUGUUUGGUUCAUAUUGGUUUCCUGACGUAGCCUCGCGUGAAACGACCUUGUUGUUGGUUUUACUUAAUACAUAGAAAAGGAAAUUAAAGUUCCUCAAAGCUCAAAUGUUAUGGCAUCAUGGGAAUAUGUAGGCCUGUAUUGUUUUGAUGAAAUCUGAAACAGGGUAUGAGAACACAUAUUAGAACAGUUUUUUAUGUGAAUUUUAAGUCUUCAAAAUUCUCCUCAGUCCACCAUUUAUUUUCUGUUUUGCAUUUUGCACUUGAGGAAGGAUGCAUAUGAACACGAUUUUUUUAUUCAACAGUCUUAUACAACGUGAGCUCGUGUCUUUUGGGUCUUUCAAAUGUAUUUAUUUGUUUCCAUGGACAGUAGAUUGUGUUACUUAGCCCAAAUCCUCCAGAUAAUGGAAAGGAAUCCAGAUCAUGCGAUUCUCCCAGUCAUGUCAGUGCUGAAACAAGUGCUAACAGGCAAAACUGUUGUAUCAAAGGUCAAUGUGUUCGAAUAUUAAUCGAUGUGUGCGAAUGUUAAUCAUGUGUUGCUUAAACAGUCGAAAGAGACAACGAUCAGAAGCUUUUUAUUAGUUUGAACAGUUUUGAUGUCAUACAUUCCAUGCUGCUCCACUUCUGAAGAAAUAAAAGACGCUAAUUGA